CCAAGUUCUGGAGAGGAGGCGGUGGAGGGAAGGGAGGCGAGGCAGGGUCUCCGUGGGUCGCGGAGGCGAGCGCCCUCGCCUGGGGGGCAGGAUCCCCCUCGGCUCUCCAGAAGGUGCGCGAGAAGCCACCUCCGCGACCCGCUCCCUCUGUGCGCGAGAGGGCGAACGUUGAUCUGGGAACCUCUUCGGCGUGAGCCGGUGGGAGAAGCCGCCGCGUUUCCGUCAGGACACUUUUCGCUGCGACACCCACCUCCUCCUCCUCCUCCUCCUCCCCCACCACCUCCAACCUCCCCCCAGGAAGAGCGAGGUAGAAGCCCCCCUCGCUUAGCCCCACCCUGACAGAGACCCUCCCCCCUCCUCAGGGCACCCCGGGGUCUCCCCCCCUCCGUCCUCAGUUUCCCCUUCUCUCCCCUGAGGAGCCUGGGCUGCUGGUGGGCAGCUGCAGGGGGAGGCAGCGGGGCAAGAGGGCACCUGGCUCUGGAUGCCCACGGCUUUGCUUUCUGGGGGGAGCGGAGGGGCACCUGGGGAGGCUUACCUCCCUCUCAGCCUAAUAUCCCUCUCUGCUACCAAGCGGGGCGGCGGGUUGGUGGGUGGAGGCUGCUGUUGCUAAACUGACGUUUGGAGCCGGAUGCCAACUCCCCGAAACCUGAAGGCUUGGAUCCUUUUACCUUUGCCAGAACGUGCGUGCCUGCUGGAUAGGUGCCACCGAUCCCAUAUAUCGCUUCCUCUGGAUCACUGCUGCCGGGCAACUUUGCUGCUUAUUGGGUUGCUACUUCUAGGUCCGCCUGCCGUGCCUCGGGCGCCAAGGUGGCAUUGCUCAAUCCCUUCCUCUUUCUUCAUGGUAACUUUGGACCUGGGCCACGUUCUGUUGCCGGCUGCGAUCCAACAUGCGCCCCGGAUUGGUGCCGCUAACUGUUUCGCUCGGAUCCGUGCCAUCCACUGCCAGCUAAUACUGCCGCCUUGGAUCAUAGACUGGAAGACCCCUCUGUUCUCCACCUGGACAUUACAUUAACUCCAGGAUGGAAGCAAAGGGCAUGUUCUGGUGCCUGCCUCACCUUGGCAUGAGGUUUUGGUGCAGAAAUGAGAGUUGAGAUUGAGACUUUGGAACGCCACCCAAGCAGGACUUGGCAUUCCAACCCAAGGGAAUACACAUAAGGAGAUACUUAUGGAGCUGCAGAGACAUUCCAAGUCUAUAGGAGACCCCCAAAGACCACCAGAAACCUUGGAACCCCUCAGUCCACAAGAGCCUGCAAGCCAUGUGGGACAACCCAUCAAGCUGGAUCUGGGGGGUGAGGGAGGGGGUGUCCAAACAUCGCCUCCUAAACUCUCUCGCCCGCCAUUGCCUUCUCCUGGUAGCGCCCUCCUUCAGGGAUUGAAUGGGCUGCCAGGAGCAGGGAGGCGGGCACUUGUUCCCGGAGGGACAGGAGGCACAGAACAAGGGGAACCCUCCCGAUUGGGGCGCUACUUGCUGAUUGACAGCCAGGGGCUGCCAUACACAGUGCUGGUGGAAGAGGGGGUGGGAGCGGCAGGGGACCCGGAAGGGGGCGGGAGCGGAGGGUCCUUGCGCAAGGUGUACAGCUGCCCCGUGUGCUCGCGGACAUUUGAGUACCUGUCUUACCUGCAGCGCCACAGCAUCACCCACUCGGAGAGCAAGCCCCACGUCUGCCGGGCGUGCGGCAAGGCCUUCAAGCGCACGUCCCACUUGGAGCGCCACAAGUACACCCACUCGGGCCGGAAGCCCCACCAGUGCCCCAUCUGCCAGCGCAGCUUCCGUGACUCGGGGGAGCUCUCGCACCACCAGCGGGUGCACACGGGGGAGCGGCCCUACCAGUGCGAGGCCUGCCACAUGCGCUUUGGGGAGCGCAAUACCCUCCAGAGGCACAUCCGCCGGAAGCACCGCCUGCAGCUCCUCCCGACGCCGUAAAGGCCGGCCUUUUUGAGACUGAAGUUGUGCCACGAGAGGAUCGGCCUGAGAACCUCGCUGCCCACCCAGGCCUUAGACAUCUACCACCUGGGCGCAGCUAGCACCCACCCAUGCGACAGCAACACUGGCCUGCAAAUGCCUCCCCGUGUCUUUAAGUACCUGAUACUUCUCCAUUUGCUGGCCCAAUGACUAGCUGUUGCUUGGGGGAAAUGGGAAUGGAGAACCUCGCCCACCUAUGCCACAAACUAUCCGGCAUGCAAUAGCCAGCUUGCAAAAUCCCAGCUUAGGUCCCUCCUGCCUUCUCAGGCCGCAAGGACUUGGUAUGGACACACUGGCCUAUCUACCGCCUUUUGUAGAACCUUGUCUAUCCCUGUCUGUCUGUGCUCCUCGCAACCUGGCAGGGGGAUUCUUUGCCUCCUGCUUUGUCCCCCCCCCCCCCGAGUUUCCACUACCCCCAUAGGUCACUCACAUCCAGCAUGGAUUCACGGGCCAAGCUCUGCAACACAGAGCAUUGCCUGCCAGCAUCUGUUUCUGCCACAGUGUUGUAGGGAGAAGUUCUUGUGGCAUAUUGGGGAUAUGUGGAGGGAGGAAUCCAGCAGACCCUGCCUAGAACCUGCAUUCUGGUGCAGACACUCUCCCUCUGUGUAUGCCUGGAGGGUAUGCUAUCAUGCAGAAUGGCAAUGCAUGCCUGUUAAAAACCUCCUCAUCGGCAGACUUGGCCUUCGAAUCUACGAGGGGCUAGCCCUCUCAUGUAUGCAUUGUGACCCACAGACACAUUAUGGAGACCUCAGCCUGUCAGGAAAACUAGUGCAUGCCUAUUUUAGGAAGAUCUGCUUUGCUUUCAUGCAGAAUUUGGUUCCAGAUUAAGAGCAGGUGGUGGGCAGCCAUGAAGAGAACUCUCCUUACUCUACAAUAGCCAUGCAGGGCUUCCAGUUGAAUUUAGCGAGAGGUUCAAAUCGAAUCUGGCCAAUUUUGGUUCUUUAUUUUGAGUCCCCUGCAAGCGUCUCCUACAGCUGCAUGGCUACUUGGUGUACGAAGGAGGCUGUGGCCUUGAAUCCUGACAUUCCACCUCAAGAACGCCUGGGCCCAAAUUUCUCCCCCUCCUUCCCUUACAAUAAAGAGCCUAUUGAAGGAGCGUAAGCAAGAGGCUAGAGAAGGCUGGGUGGAACAUCAGCUGAAUUCCAUGUGCAGGAAGAAAGUCACUUUUCUUUAAGGCAGUGCCCAAAUUACAGGGGAGCCAGAGGGCCUGGCACCCUUUACCUGUUGCAGCAGCCCCCUUGGCUGCUGCUUUUUGAAGGCUACAGGGGACCACAAUUUGGCUAAAAUUAGAAGGAUUGGGGGAGGGUUGCAUUUCCUUAAGGCUCCUCCUAACCGGCCCUUCCAUCUAUAAAACACUGCUUUAAUGAAUUCUGGCUCUGAAUUAUUAUUAUUAUUUUAAAAAUCUAUAUGGGGAGUAUGGGUGUUGAAGGAUGGAAUAUGGGAUAUUCCCCAACUUGCCAGCCUUAACAGUCUCUUAUUUCCAAACCCUCCAGAUUUUUCCAGGGAAACAGAGUUGGUGAUUCUACAUUCCUUCCAGCGGCUGCUGCUGCUGCUGCUACUACUGGUAGUCCAGCCUCCAGAUCAGAUCCAUGUGUGGACCCAUCAACUCUGGUCAGGCCUUGUUUUCUUCUGCUCCCUAAUUAGAACCAUUUCAACCAGCUUCCCAAAGAGUUGCAGGCCACGGUCUAUAUACUUACGGGGUGGGUGGGUUUCAACUCCAGAGAUGCAGCAACAGAACAUGUUGGUCUUCAUCCCAGGCUUACUGCCUGUGGGAUGUAUGUGAUAAGACUGCUGUGGUUUCCUACAAUAAUUAACAAACAUAGAAUCUCUGUUUCCUCGACAGGGAGAAACAAUCAGGAGACAUCGAUAUACAGGCAUGUGUUCCAAGGUAUCGGCUAGCCUGGUACCUCCAAAGCUUGCCAGGGAGAUUCCUGGAUCAUGUUUCCUCUGCUUCAUAUUUAGUGUGGAAUUUUUAAACUGUGUGUGUCUUCCUUUUUUUUUUUUAAUUAAAAACAAUCCUCUGGGGUUUUGGUUCAUCUUUGUGUGCUAAGCGAAUAAAGUUCUGCUGUGUUACUUCCAUUUCGUUGAGAGGAUGUAGAUCCGUUGGCAAGAAUUUAGCCAUUUGCUGGGUUUGAGAAGAGUGCCUUUCAGCUGUGUAACUUCUAGACAUUUGCAAAAGGUCUUUUCUCAAGAUGUGGAGAAUCACUUGAUUUCCUUGAACAUAGAAAGGGGGGUGGGUGCUAUAAGCUCAGGGGUAGAGCAGCUGCUCUCCAUUGCAGAUGGUCCUAGGUUCAAUCCCUGACCUCCAGGUAGGUCUUAGAGAAACUCCACUCUGAAACCAUGGAUUGCCGCUGCCUGGCAUUGUGGAGCGGACAAAACAGAUGGCUCAGUGGUCUGUCUCGGCUUUCUCUAAAGAGGUUUUGUUGAAGGACGAAGUGUGGGAUGCACCCUGAAUGUAGCAUCCUUUUAUGAACUCUUUUUUUUUUACAAAAACCAAAUAUGCGUCAAGAAUCUGCCAGCUGAGUACUCAAAGUAUGUAAAUCAAUAAAAUGUAAGUAUAUCA